CCUUCAUCAACUUUUCACCAUGUGCGGCAUCUUCGCGUAUUGCAACUACCUCUGCGAGAAGGAUCGCAAGCAAAUCUGCGACAUUCUCUGCAAUGGUCUUGCGCGCCAGGAAUACCGCGGCUACGACUCGGCGGGCAUUGGUAUUGAUGGCGACAAGAAGGGUGAGACGGUCUUCUUCAAAGAGGUGGGCAAGGUCGCUGGCCUCCGCAAGCGCAUCGCCGAGGCCGACAUCGAUACCACGAAGACUUUCGUUUCCCAAGUGUCCAUCGCUCACACGCGAUGGGCAACUCACGGCCCCCCUUCAACUGUGAACUGCCAUCCGCUCAAGUCCGAUGCCAAUGCCGAGUUUAGCGUCGUGCACAACGGCAUCAUCACCAACUCUUCUGAACUGCGCCUUGUGCUUCAGAAGCGCGGCUUCACCUUCGAGUCCGAAACAGAUACUGAGGUUGCCGCAAUCCUCGCCAAGUACAUCUACGAUUCGCACGCCAACAAGCGCUUGUCCUUCACCGAACUCGUCAAGAGCGUGCUGAAGGAGCUCGAAGGUUCUUUCGCGUUUGUCUUCAAGUCGUCGCACUACCCGAACGAGAUCGUCACCGCUCGUCGCGGAUCCCCGCUGUUGAUCGGUGUCAAGAGCGACAAGAAGCUGAAGGUUGACUUUGUCGAUGUCGAGGUCACUGGACCGGAGGAUACCAGCUAUGCUCUGGACAGUCUCUCCCCUGCUUCACCAUCUGCCCUCCUUGCGCCCCCUCAAUCGGGUUCCAAGGUUUUGCGUUCCCAGUCGCGUGCUUUCAUGUCCGAUGAUGGAAUGCCCAUGCCCAUUGAGUUCUUCGUGGCCUCGGAUGCUGCCGCCAUCGUCGAGCACACCAAACGCGUACUAUACCUCGAGGACGACGACAUUGCCCACAUCGCCGAGGGCGAGCUCCACAUCCACCGCUUCCGCCGCAACGAGGAGGGCAAUGUCACCCCGUCUCAGGCUGCCGCCACUCGCAGCAUCGAAACGCUAGAGAUGGAGAUCGCCGAAAUCAUGAAGGGCAAAUUCGACCACUUCAUGCAGAAGGAGAUCUACGAGCAGCCCGACUCGGUCGUCAACACCAUGCGUGGUCGCGUCAACUUCGACAACCACAAGAUCACCCUCGGUGGUCUCCGUGCAUACCUCCCGAUCAUGCGCCGCUGCCGCCGCAUUGUCUUCAUCGCCUGCGGUACCAGCUACCACUCCUGCAUAGCCACCCGUGCUAUCUUCGAGGAACUCACGGAGAUCCCCGUGAGCGUGGAGUUGGCCUCCGACUUCCUGGAUAGGAGGACUCCGAUCUUCCGUGACGACGUCUGCGUGUUCGUCAGUCAGAGUGGCGAGACCGCCGACACCAUCCUCGCGCUGCGUUACUGCCUUGAGAGGGGUGCGCUUUGCCUUGGUGUCGUCAACACCGUCGGAUCAACCAUCUCUCGCGAGACCCACUGCGGUGUGCACAUCAACGCCGGCCCUGAAAUUGGUGUCGCGUCGACCAAGGCCUACACCUCGCAGUACAUCGCGCUCCUCAUGAUGGCUCUCCAGAUGUCGGAGGACCGCAUCUCGACGAUCGAGCGCCGUAACCAGAUCAUCGAUGGCCUGCACGAGCUGCCCGGCCAGAUCGGACGGGUAUUGGAGACGGACCGCAGCCUGCAAGAGCUCGCCCGGGGGGUGCUCGCCAACCAGCGUUCACUUCUGCUCAUGGGUCGUGGCUACCAAUACGCCACCUGCCUAGAGGGUGCCCUCAAGAUCAAAGAGAUCUCGUACAUGCACUCAGAGGGUAUCCUCGCUGGAGAGCUGAAGCACGGCCCGCUAGCGCUCAUCGACGAGAAUAUGCCCGUUAUCAUCGUCAUGACUCGCGACUCGUUCUACCCCAAGGUGCAGUCCGCGUUCGCCCAGAUCACUGCCCGCAAGGCGCAACCCAUCGUCCUCUGCACCGAGGACGACGACACCAUCGCGAAGGGUGCCAAGACAAUCCGCGUGCCGAAGACUGUCGACUGCCUCCAGGGCCUACUUAACAUUAUUCCCCUGCAACUGCUCAGCUACCACCUUGCAGUCCAAAACGGCUUCGAUGUCGACUUCCCGAGGAACUUGGCGAAGUCGGUGACCACUGAGUAGACGCCUCCAUACAUGAAAUCGAGGUGAAAUGUAUUCUUCGGAUACCGGACUUUGGAUGGACCUGUUAUCGAUACGUAUGUUAUGUUUUAGAGUCGAAAAGCGCCAUUUUUUGUGAGACGGUGAUUGGGCGAAGUGUCAGCGCUGUUAGCUGUCAAUUUCUGGAUGCGGUCCGGGCAAUGCAAGUUAACCAUACGCUUCUGACACAAAUAGGACGUCUGAUACGUUCACACAAAACCCUACGGGACUCGUCUUAUAGCAGUAAACACCAUGCCCUUCUCCUACCUGCAUCCCUGUCCUUCGUGGUUAUCGAUGAUCCGAAGUAUUCAAUCCGAACCAGGCAGGUAUAGACUCCCAAACUCUCUCCCUUGCACGACGGACUGCCGUAGAGAAGUCUUCUUUGCAUGCCUGACAGAUCAUGAGCCCGCACGUCCUCACGCCGUCAGAGAAGUCCGUUCGGUCGAGCAUCUCGCGCGCCUGGAGUAAUGUGUACAAGGGAUCCGCAUCGCGCCCGCAUGCGAUUCCGCCGACAGAACGCAUCACGUUGAGCAUGAU